AUGCCUCUUGAACUUGCAAGAACUUUGGUGCGCGCGGCCUUCCGGCAAUCCGAUGCGCUCGGCCCUCUAGCUUCAAAGGACGCGUCUUCCUGGGGAGAUGGAGGCUCUCCUCCAACAGCAUUGAUUGCCCACCGAUGCUUUAGUGCACCCACUUCAUUCUCAAGACCCUCGGAUCGACAAGGGGGCACACCUUUGUGCUUUUCCCCAAGUCCUACUCUGAUACCAUUUGUCACGGGCCUAGAGAUUUGGUGCAGCGGCACGGCUCGUGUGGCACCAAGGCGUUGUUUCAGCUCGCGCAACUUGUGCAGCCACGCCUUUGUGGUCGAACAAGAGUGUUAUGGGUUCUCGUCGCUAGAUCUUUGUAGCAACUUAACCGACCUCAAUCCAUACCCUAUGGUGCUAGAUUGGGCAGUCGGUGAGACAAGAUGUGAAGAAGCUAAAAAGAACAAGACAGGUUAUCUAUGUCAGGAGAAUAGCGAGUGCUAUGACUGGGAUGGUGGGGAAGGAUAUCACUGCAGAUGCUCUAAGGGUUACAAGGGGAACGCAUACCUCCCAAACGGUUGCAAAGAACGGUGGUAUAAUGUUACAACAACUGCUUUCCAACUGCAAAAGGAAAGGUUCUGCUCAAGGAGCCAAGAUUUUUACGGAAGAGGAGUUCAAGAGAGCAGCAACAACUUCGGUGAUGGCAAUGUUAUUGGCCAAGGAGGUUAUGGCACAGUUUAUGCAGGAACUCUAAAAGAUGAUAUGGUCGUCGCCAUCAAAAAGUCCAAGGUGGUAGAUCGAGGCCAAAUUGAGCAAUUCGUUAAUGAGGUAGUUAUUCUCUCCCAAAUCAAGCAUCCAAAUGUGGUGAACCACUUGGGUUGUUGCCUAGAAACACCAGUUCCCCUACUAGUAUAUGAAUUUAUCACCAACAAUACCCUCUUCCACCAUAUACAUGAUGAAGGUCAUGUAUCCUCAAUGCCAUGGGAACUGCGCUUGAGAAUAGCAGCAGAAACUGCUGGAGCACUUGCGCAUAUGCAUUCUUAUCCAAUAAGUAUAAUUCAUAGAGAUGUCAAGUCUGCCAACAUUCUAUUGGAUGAUCAUUGCACUGCAAAAGUAUCCGACUUUGGAGUUUAA